AAUUUGAAUCCUGUAUGAAGGGGGAGAGGGAAAAGAAAAAGCCAGGGGAAUGUCUGAGGGAGUCUGAGGGAACCGGUGGGCAGGAGGGAGACUGUUGACGAAAGACUACAGGAAACACUGGUUCAAAAAUAUUUCCCUCAGUUGCUUGAAAUAGACUUGGACAAGUUAAUCAGCGGCCGUAAAGUUUGGUGCGCCUUUCCUGCGCGUUUUUGGGGACAUUGGGAAAGUUUGGUGGUAUUGGGAUCAACCAAAACAACAGCGUAAAAGGAGCAAAGCAACAAAACUUUUACGCGGCGCGGAGAUUAUUUAUCUUUUACACUCUGUCUAGUCUAAAAAGGGAAGAGAAACUAAGGGUUCCGGUUUACUUAAGUCUCAUCUGUGGAUAAUCAAGCUUUCAUCUGCCGGAAUCAGAAAUACUUUUUCACUGCACAACUUUGGAUCUUUGGAGCUGUUGCGAUGCGGUGAUGGAGUCCGCUGGUGUUCCCAAGAUGACUGCUCUUCUUAUGAAGCACAUUUUCAGAGGUGAUCUGCUGUCAAGAAAAACAAUGAUCGGGUCUAAAUGGUCGGUUUUUAUCGUCACCGUCUUUUUUUCUGCUUGGAGGCCAGUAACCGCCGGCAUACUGACAGAUUUGGAGUUUGAGCGGAGUCCCAGUACUGUCAUCUCUUCUCUGGGCAAACCUGUUAAGAUGCAUUGCACCCUGAAGGGUACGGGGGGCGAGGAAGAAGACCCCCCUGAUGUGCUCUGGCUCAGAGACAGUGUGCCACUUCAGUACGCAGACACCAACCAGUUCCAAGUCCACACGGGCAGCAACAGUUGGACGAUCAUGAGCACGCUCAGUAUUGAAAAGGUCCAGCUUCCCGACAUGGGCUCCUAUCAAUGUGCUGUUCUGUCAGAAAGCCACCAGACUAUGUCUGAGGAGGGGAGCAUUCAGCUGGAGGGCCUUCCUCAUUUCUCUGUGGAGCCCCAGCACAUGUCUGUAGUAGCCAACGUAUCCCUGAGCCUGAGCUGUGCGGCCCACGGACCUCCAGAGCCUGUCAGGGUCAUCUGGCUGCAGGACGGUGCUCAGCUCAACUCCCUCACAGACCCGGUGGCUCUGUCACCCUCCACACUCAACCUCACAGGUUUGAACAGGACCAGCACUUUUUCUUGCGAGGCCCAUAACCGCAAAGGCGUGGCCACCUCAGGAUCUGGUACCAUCACUGUUCUCCCUUCCCAGCCCCUGAAUCUGAGAGUGCUAGAGACCACUCCGUCCAGUCUCCGUAUAUCAUGGCAGCCUGGUUUUGGAGGCGACUACCCAAUAAUGCAAUGCUCUGUUCAGGCAAAACAUUCAGGAGAGUCCUUCACAGAAGGCCCAAAUAAGCUGAUCCACAACCAGAAUAGGAACAUCCCACCAGCCUCGCACCUCAUUGGGGACCUGGAGCCCCACAGCCUCUAUGCUGUCAGGGUGGCCUGUCACAGCAGCCAGGGCCCUUCUGACUGGUCUCCCUGGGUGGAGCUACGCACCAAAGAAGGAGUGCCAGAAAACCCACCUGUGAACGUGAGCGCGGUGCUUAACGGGACUGAGGUGCUGGUGACAUGGGAGGGACCUCCAGGGAAGCUGAAUGGAGAACUACAAGGCUACGUGGUGGAGUACAGCACACCUGCCGCACAGCAGUAUGUUGUGGACACUGGAUUGGACACCGAGCUCUCAAUCAAUCUCUCUGUCCCCUUGUCCAAUGUGUCUUUUCGAGUGUGUGCCUAUACAGGGGCGGGGCUAGGACCCUGGACCCCCACUCAGACCCUGACACUUAUUGCUCCUGGGCCGUCAUCGCCCCCGGCCUUUUCCUGGCACUGGUGGUAUGUGGUGAUGGCCAUUGCCGGCACCGUGUCCAUAGCUGUGCUCAUGGCUGUUUAUGUGGCCAAGCGGCGGCGUAAGGAGACACGCUUUGGAGAGGCGUUUGAACCCAUGAUGGAGAGCGGAGAGCUGGUGGUCAGGUAUCGCGCUCGCCGCACCUACAGCCGCAGGACUACCGAAGCAACAUUGAACAGCCUGGGCAUCAGCGACGAGCUGAAGCAGAAGCUCCAAGAUGUGAUGGUGGACAGACAUAAACUAACCCUGGGAAAGACCCUGGGAGAAGGGGAGUUUGGCUCUGUCAUGGAAGGGCUGCUGACUCAGGAGGAGUCUGCUCUCAAAGUUGCUGUCAAGACCAUGAAGAUUGCCAUCUGUACCCGCUCAGAGAUGGAGGAUUUUCUCCGUGAGGCUGCCUGCAUGAAGGAGUUUGACCACCGCAAUGUCAUGAGGCUUCUAGGUGUGUGUCUGCAGACUGUGGAGAGUGAAGGUUACCCCUCCCCGGUGGUCAUUCUGCCCUAUAUGAAACACGGAGACCUGCACAGCUAUCUGCUAUACUCAAGGCUGGGAGACUCCCCUGUGUACCUCCCAUCUCAAAUGCUGGUAAAGUUUAUGACUGAUAUUGCCCGAGGGAUGGAAUACCUCAGCAACAAGAACUUCAUCCACAGAGACCUUGCCGCUCGCAACUGCAUGCUGAAUGAGAACAUGAACGUAUGUGUGGCCGACUUUGGCCUCUCUAAGAAGAUCUACAACGGAGACUACUACAGGCAGGGGAGAAUCUCAAAGAUGCCCGUCAAAUGGAUCGCCAUCGAGAGCUUGGCUGAUCGCGUCUACACCACCAAAAGUGACGUGUGGUCAUUUGGAGUCACCAUGUGGGAGAUCGCCACGCGGGGCCAGACUCCGUACCCUGGGGUUGAAAACAGUGAGAUUUAUGAUUACUUGAGACAGGGAAACCGUCUCAAACAGCCUCCAGACUGUCUGGACAGCAUCUACGCCCUGAUGUUCUCCUGCUGGCUGCUGAGCCCCAAGGAUCGCCCAUCAUUUGAGUCCCUGCGCUGCGAGCUGGAAAAAGCCCUUGAGGAUCUGCCGGACACCCAGGACCCAGACGAGAUCUUGUACGUCAACAUGGACGAGUCUUCCAUGGAGCUAGGGGCCGUGGGUGGCCGUGACCCCAUGGGGGGGCCGUCCCCCCUCUGCCUGAAGGCUUUGGACUCUGUCACCACAGUGGAGGUCCACCACCCCAACCGCUACGUCCUCUGUCCCCAACACGAGACCAACCGAGCCCUCUCGGACUCCCUGGAGAGCCUGGACAUGCCGGUGUCGUCUUCCACAGCUACGCUGCCUCUACAACCAUCCUGCCACUCCACUCCCAACCCUACACCAGCUCCCACCCCAACUGUUGAGCUGCUGGAGGACAGGGAAGGGUCCAGAAAAAUGCCCUGGCAGUGAUGGCGUCCCUUUUCUUUUUUUUAAAGUGAAGGAGACUUUUGACUGCCAAAGUGUGCCAUCCUUUAUCCCCAGUCCUAGAAUGAGAUCCAGCCUCUUGCUACUGACUGCAUCAUAUCUACAUACAUAUUUUGCACAAAUUCAGACACACACACACACACACAGCCAAAGGCAUUCCAAGGAAGUGAAGGAUUGGGAUUCUUUUCCUUUGUCAACCCUUUUCUCUUCUGAAUUGAGCGUUUCCAAGCGAGUGUAAAAGUCAUUGUGUGAUUAGCUUAGCAGGA